AUGUUUAACAAUGUGAUGCGUGAAAAAUAUCCAGAACUCACUGAAACUGAACCAUCAUCCAACGAUCAUGAGAUGACGGACCAGUUGCUGUUGUUAUUCAAUCAACUGUUAUCUUCAGCAAAGCUGCUAGUCGACCAUAUUCUAACAUUAGAAUUCAAUGAAUAUGAUAAUUGCAGUGGUGAUUAUCAAGAGGAAGAUAAAAUUGAUAUCACAUUGAAUAUUGGUGGUAUAAACUAUUUCCUUGAGACAAUGAGUGCCAUCGUUGAGUUUUCAAAAAGCAGCACUUUUCCUACUUUACGUAGACUAUAUAGACAAAUAAAACUCAAAGAACAGCUACGCCGAAUGAAGCAAUACGUUACUGCGCAAGGUACAAAAUCACGAAAACUAGAACUUGUUGAUGACGUUGUCUAUACGGAAUUUAUUCGUUCUCGAGAAUGCCACUUACCAAAACAUGGUUCUGAUUUAAGGCGCUUGGCCUUCAAAAUAGCACAGGAUUUAAAUACUGUUGAUUUUACAGAAUCUCACCAGUGGUUAUUAAAGUCUGCGGAAAAUUUUGUCAAAAGAAACAGUGAUGAAAGCAGCUUCAGUUAUGACAAUCCAUCCACGCGGACAUCAGCAAAAACUGGUGAAAAAAUAAUGAAAGGUCACAUCAAAUCAAUAAAUACUGUUACUCAUUCGUACACGCCUAUGCCGAUAGCUAAAAGGGUUAUAGCGUCAUAA